UGCUCCAACGCGAGACCAAAACAAAGUCUGAUCAAGCACUUGCUUGUUUAAAGUACUAGGAGGCGAGGCGAGGACACUUACGGGCGGGCCGGCGCGCGCAUCGUGCAUGCGCACUUACGCGCCCCGCUAAAAUUAAUUUCUGAAUUACUACAACAGUUGACACACUAUUGCAACAACGACUAAACUAUUCACUAUUUGAAGUCACAAACACUUAUGUUCAUGCAUGAGACUCAGCCGCUCCCACUGCUAAGACUAAGCGUUGUCAUCCCUCAUCUGAACGACGUCCUCCAUCAAGUCUUGGAGCUCCGCCCUCUCCUGUUUCUGCAGCGCCUUCUCCGCGAACAGCGACGCCGUCAAAAUCUCCGCGGGGUAGUUGGGGGUUAUCGGCGUAUCGUCUGCUGC